UUUCUCGCAACUACACAUCAUCUCGAGCAACUCCACAGAACGAGAUAUUCUGCUGCCAUCCCAGGGAUUGCAGAGCACCGCCUGUUGAAUACACGCAUUGACGGUGUGCUCGAGAACCUCGACACCCAGAACAGAACGUCCGUCCCAGUCUUCGGUCGCAACAGACGUCUAGGCCGGCAUUAGCCACUGCAGGGGAUGCGAUUCGUACCGUCCCAGGUCGUCCUCGCCUGCUCGUACGUCGUCGGCACGAUUAUCGCGAGAGGCACGAAUACGAUGGACGAGGGCAACCUGACGAGGCUACGUCCGGGGGUCCCGCUUGCGCCGGUGCCGCUUCCGCCGGCCGGGCCCGCGCGAGACGGGGCGGAGAUUGUGAGGCAGCUGAUGGGGCUGACGCGGGCUGGUAUGAAUGGCGGUGGUGGUGACGACGGCGGGAGCCGGUUGCGAUUUGUGAAAAAGGUCGAGCUGGAGGGGGAUGUGUGGGAGCCCGAGGGGAUUGUGAGGCUGAUGGGUGCCGGAGGAGACGACGACGACGACGAGCAGGAGAGGUUCUGGGUCUCGGCGGGGGAGUAUACCGUCCCGACGGAGAAGUUCCCGGACGGGCGGUGGAUCGACGGGACGGACCGGAGCGCCGGGGCCGGGUUUGCGCAUUUCGUGGUGUUUGACGGCCGGGGGCGGCGGUUGGCGGACUGGGUCGUCUCAAAGGAAGGGGAUGCCGAGUACCAUAAUGGUGGGCUUGACUAUGACGGCCGGCACAUCUGGGCGACGCUGUCGCAAUACAGGCCCAACUCGACGGCGACGGUGGUGCGGGUCGACCCGGUUGACUUGCGGGUGGAGAGGGUUUUCCGCGUGGGGGACCACCAGGGGGGCGUUGUGCAUGAUGUCGAGACGGGGACGUUGACGACGCUGAGCUGGGGAGGGAGAGUGGCGAGGCGGUGGGAUCUGAAGGGGGGUGACGGUGGUGGUGGUGGUGGUGGGAGAGAAGAGGAGCAGGUCCGGCUUGUUCACGGUGAUGGUGUUGACAGCGGUACGGGAUUCGACGUGCCGGAGGAGGUGAUGGUCAACCCGUCGCACUGGAUCGACUACCAGGACUGCAAGUCGCUGGGCCGCGUCGGGGGCCGGUCGCUGGCGCUGUGUUCGGGCAUCGCGACCCUGGCGGCCGGGAUCGAGGUCGGCGGGCUGGCGGUCGUGGACGUGGACGCUGGGAUGACGCCGGUGUGGGAGAUGCCGUUCAUGGAGAGGACGACGACGGCAGCGGCGGGGGCUGCCCGCGGGGCACUGAUGACGAAGAACCCAAUGGACGUGGCGCUCGUCGGCGGCCGCGUGAGGUUGUACUUCGCGCCGGAGGAGGGAAGGGGCGCUGUUUUUGUGUACGAGGUCUGCGAGGGCUGAAUCUGUGUGGCUGUUUUUCUGGCGGCUUUACGGUGGUCUCGGGCCAGGAUCGUGAGCCCAGGGUGUGUGUAAUAAUGGCAUGGAUAACCGGUAGGCUUGCUCCGGCUGGUCUGCGUUCCAUGAUCACACGUCUGGGAGGGGGGUUUGACGAGACGGCUUGAUAGCCGUGGCCCGGAUGGUGCUGUAGUUGACGCGACAAAGACAUGAUGCUGUCAAACUUGGAACGCGGAACUCGUCAGGUUGCUUGGUCGCGAUACCCCUCGUGCCCAGAAGGCCGUCACAAAGGGUUCAGGCCUCGUGACAGAACCGUCAUCUGUUCUUAUAAAGCAAGUCGCCAGCAAAUAUUAAGC